AUGCGUGUGCGAAGAGAAAAAGCACGCAUCGGGCAGGGCUCCCUGGGAGAAUAUCCCGAGCUCAGCGCGGGCCACCCGCGGAAGAGCAGACCGGAAGUGUCUUUGUCCUGUCGACGGCUGGUGGCGCCAUUCCCGCUCUGUGAGGGGUUGGCUGCGGUGGUGAGUCCGCUGUUUCGGCGUGGUGGCUUAUAUGAGUGUGAGGGACGACGAGGCCCACGUGUGCAUGCCAUGAAGCCAGUGACAUUUAAGGACGUGGCCGUAGACUUCAUACAGGAGGAAUGGGGGUUGCUGGACCCCACGCAGAGGAUCCUGUACUGUGAUGUGAUAUUGACGAACUACAGCAACUUGGUGUCCCUGGGUCUUCACAAUUGCAAACCAGAUAUGAUCUCCAAGCUGGAGCAGCGGGAAGACCCCUGGAUUAUGGAGAAAGAUAUCCUGAGAAGUACAGGAGUACCAUUGAAAGCCAUGGGUCUGCACUGUCCCAGUGUGACUGCUGAGGUUCUGUCCAUCCCUCGUAGAUUGGUAGUGUACAUUCAGAUUCCCAUUAAAUGGAAGCCCUACACAUGCAAGGAGUGUGGGAAGGCCUUUGGACAGAGCGCACAUCUUGUUCAACACCAGAGAAUCCACACUAGUGAGAAGCCAAAUACAUGCCAGGAGUGUGGACAGGCCUUCAGCAAGAACUCGACCCUUGUUAAUCAGAACACUCACCUCAUGCAGCACCAGCAAGUCCACACUGGGGAGAAGCCGUUCCUCUGUUGUGAGUGUGGCAGAGCCUUUGCUGAUGCCCCAGCCCUCCUGAUCCACCACAGGACCCACUCAGGAGAGAGGCCUUAUGAGUGCCACAAGUGCUGCAAGGCGUUCAGCCUCAGCUCCUUCCUGGCUGAGCAUGAGCACUACCACACAGGAGAGAAGCCAUACAUAUGCCAGGAAUGUGGGAAAUGUGGGAAAACCUUCAACCAGAGCUCAUCCCUCAGCAAGCACCUGAGGACACACACAGAUGAGAAGCCAUACACAUGCAGGGAUUGUGGCCAUGUGCUUUCAGCCAGAGGUCCUCCCUGGCCAGACACCAGCAGGUGCACACUGGUGAGCAGCCCUACACGUGUAGAGAAUGGGAAGACCUUCAGCCAGGCCUCUUACCUGACCCAGCACCUCAAGAUUCAUAGCAGUGAGAAACCAUUCAUAUGUGGUGAAUGUAGGAAACCCUUUGGGGAUUCUUCAGCCCUGGUCCUGCACCAGCAGAUGCACACGAGUGAGAGGCCCUAUCCCUGUGGAAAAUGCGGGAAGACCUUCAGCCAGAGCAAGUUCCUUACCCAGCACAAGAGGAUCCACCCUGGGGAGAAGCCCUUUGUGUGUGGCAACUGUGGCAGGGCCUUUGUGCAGAGCUCCUCCCCCACCCUCCACCUCAGGACAUACACCAGGGAGAAGCUCUACAAGUGCAAUGAGUGUGACAAGGCUUACAUCCAGAUGUCACCCCUCACUGAGCACUACAGGGUGCACAGAGGGGAGUGGCCCUAUGUGUGCAAUCUAUGCAGCAAAGCCUUCAGCCACAGCACACACCUCAUGUAG